AACCUAAUUUUCCACUGAAGGGGGGGGGGGAGAUUCUUUCUUGAAGUGAACACAUAGGCAAUUGAUAAGUUGUAAAGGUACUGGGAAAGAAAACCGUUAGCUCAGGGGCGAAAUUGCUUUUAUAAUAACGAUUCCAACAGUUGAUUUGCGUCGCUACAUGCUUCAUUGCAACGAAAGCGGUUAAGUUGUUCGGCGUGUUCGCUACGCCAGUUGUUAGUGGGAGGAAAAUGCCAUCUUUUUCAUGGAGGCUUUGGCUUGGCCUGGUUCUGAUCCUCCCAUCUUCGCUGGCGGCGGACGAAGCGUUGUCGCUGCUGCAGGACUGGCAUGACGUGUGGCUGUUCCGUUUCUUCCUCAACGUGCUGGGCUAUACCACCAUCAUCAUCCCCGGCUACUUCCUCAUCACCUACUUGAAGAGGAUCAACUACCUCCAAACAGGUGUGGAUGAUCUACAAACUGGCCGAGGCAUUUUCUAUCCUGUCAUAAAGGCCUGUGUGUUUGGAAGUGAAACGAAGACAGGUCUCCUAGACGACGUGUCGCUAGCUCCCAGAAAUGAUGCGGACUCGGGCUCGUCGGCUAGACAAGCCUUCAAGUUAGUCUUCUGCGCUGCAGGACUUCAGGUGUCCUACCUGACAUGGGGUGUCCUACAGGAGAGGGUGAUGACUCGCUCGUACGGGGCUUCCACCCCCGAGGAGGAGGGCGAACACUUCAAGGACUCCCAGUUCCUGGUGUUCAUGAACCGUAUCCUGGCACUGACCGUGUCAGGCCUGUGGUGUGUCCUGUUUAAGCAGCCUCGCCACGGCGCACCCAUGUACAAGUACUCAUUUGCCUCGCUCUCCAACGUCCUCAGCAGCUGGUGCCAGUACGAGGCCCUCAAGUACAUCAGCUUCCCCACCCAGGUGCUGGCCAAGGCCUCUAAAGUGAUCCCUGUCAUGCUCAUGGGCAAGAUUGUGUCACACAAGAGCUACGAGUACUGGGAGUACCUGACGGCGGCACUCAUCUCUCUGGGUGUCAGCAUGUUCUUGUUGACGAGCACGGCAGAUAAGCACCCAUCUACGGUCACAACGUUCAGCGGCGUGGUCAUCUUGGGUGGCUACAUAGUCUUCGACAGCUUCACGUCCAACUGGCAGGACAACCUGUUCAAGCACAAGAUGUCAUCUGUGCAGAUGAUGUUCGGGGUCAACCUCUUCUCCUGCCUCUUCACCGUGGGCUCGCUGCUGGAGCAGGGCGCCUUCUUCGACUCGCUGGCCUUCAUGACACGCCACUCGGAGUUCGCAUUCCAUGCUGUGCUGCUGUCGGUGUGCUCGGCGUGCGGCCAGCUCUUCAUCUUCUACACCAUCGCGCAGUUCGGCGCCGCCGUCUUCACCAUCAUCAUGACCCUGCGGCAGGCCAUCGCCAUCCUGCUCUCCUGCUUCCUGUACGGCCAUGCCGUCACCAUGGUGGGGGGCUUUGGCAUGGCCGUGGUCUUCCUCUCCCUCUUCCUGCGUGUCUACGCCCGCAGCCGCAUGAAGGCGGGACGCAAGGUACCGCAGCCACAGGUGCAGAAGGUCUAGGAGGAGGAAUUGGAGGGAACUGGAAAAUGAACUAAAGCCACGUUUUCGGUGGCGCUUUUUCUCGUCUGUGUGUCCAGUUUGACUUUUUAAGUGUUAAUUUUAUGGGUUUCUACUUGUAUAGAAAAGGUACAGAAAGGGAUUUAAUGCCUUUUAAAGGUGUUUGACUUGACACGAACUGAGCUGUUGUCGGAGGUCAUUCGGCUAAAACAAUCAGCAGUCACAGGCGUUUUAAAUAACACGGCAACCGUCGCUUGUCCAUUUGUGUAUCUGAAACCCAGCUCAAAAGCAUACCACAUUGGCAUGUGAAAUGUAAAUAACUGAUAAUGGCUGACACCUUUUGAUUUCUGCCUCCAUGAUAUGCUUCUGGAGCAGCACUCGGAACAUAAAUUUGACAUUUGAGGUGUAGUGUUGGCGUUAGCGCUAGUACAUGAGCUGUGUACUGCAAGACUCCAGCUCUUGGUAAUGUAACAUUGCGAAUGGCACCAUAUUAAGUGGUUUAUAAGGCCUCUAUGAAAAGUUACUUUGAGAGUGAGAGAACAUGAGAUAUUGUGGUGAGCGGAGCAGGGGAUCAUCUCUGUUUAGAUACUAUAUCAAUUUUGUUUAAAAAGGAUGUCAUUAUUGCAUUGUUCUACUUUUUGGACAUGGCAUGAGACAAAUGUUCUGUGAUCAUUACUAGUCAAUGAUCAGGUAAUUCUGUUUGAAUAUUUUAUUUCUUCUGUAUAAAGAAGAUUCACUUUGGGCAGUGUUCUGACUUGAGAUCUGCCCACUUAACUUACGUUUUCGCAGAAGUCUAUCGUUGACAUGAAUGAAGGAUUUACGCGGACAUUCGAGCUGUGCAAACCCAGAUCUCAAGUCAAAAUACAGAUCAUAGAAAGUUGAUGUUUUUUGUCCCUCGUGGCUUACCAGAGUAUGUCUGAUAAGGAAUGUUACUGAUCGUGUCCCCACAGAGAGAACUAAACCAUUUUCCUCACAGUAUCACAAGAAUAAAUGUGCAGCUUACCAGCAAACCAUCAAAAAUAACUUUGCAGCAGUUAAUGUUCUAUAUUAUAUAGACCUGGAACUGUGUCUGUCACCAACACAGUGGCUACGGAAAGUAUUCAGACCACUUGACUUUUUCCACAUUUUGUUACGUUACAGCCUAUUCUAAACUGUAUUACAUCGUUUUUUUCCACCAUAAUGUCAAAGCAAAAACUGGUUUUUAGAAUUGUUUGCAAAUGUAAUUAAACAAAAUAUUAUAUUUGCGUAAGUUUGCAGACCCUGUUCAUUCAUGCACCUGAGCUCAACUUCGAGUCUCAUAGCAAAGGAUCUGCAUACUUGGGUAAAUAAGGUAUUUCUGUUUUUAAAGUUGUAUAAAUAUGCAAACAUUUCUAAAAACCUGUUUUCGCUUUGUAAUUAUAGGGUAUUGUGUGUAGAUUGACGAGGGAAAAAAACAAUUUAAUCAAUUUUAGAAAAAGGCUAACGUGACUGUGGAAAAAGGCUAACGUGACUGUGGAAAAAGGCCAACGUGACUGUGGAAAAAGGCCAACGUGACUGUGGAAAAAGG